AUGGCGAACGUUAAAAAAGCUAAAUUUGGAGAUUUCUCUUUUGGAGAUGAAAGAAAAGAAGAUGAGCCAUCGGCCAAAAAGAAGAGAAAAUCAAGAUGGGCAAACGAGAGUGAGUCUGAAAAAUCCAUAUUAAAUGGCUUGCCAACCAAGGUUCCAAUGGUACAAUUACAAAUUGAAGAGAUAACGAGGCGUCUGAGGACGGGAGAGUUAGGCAUUCCAGAGGAUGUUUCUAGAAGGUCCCCCUCCCCCCAACCGGAAUACGGUCCCGAUGGCAAGCGUACCAACACGAGGGAAGUUAGGGUUAGGAGGAAGUUAGAGGAACAGCGCCAUAUAAUCAUACUCAAAGUUCAAAAGGCUAACCCCGAAUACAAGCCCCCUAUGGAUUAUAAGGCGCCGAAUAUAAAGAUAAUCGACAAGGUCUUCAUACCUCAGGACGAACACCCGUCUAUAAAUUUCAUAGGGUUGCUGCUGGGUCCUCGAGGUAACACCUUGAAGCAACUCGUUAAGGAGACAGGGGCAGCCAUCAUCAUAAGAGGCAAGGGUUCGGUGAAAGAGGGCAAAUUAGGUUACAAGACCUUGCCAGGGCAGGAUGAACCACUGCAUGCUUACAUAACGUCCAAUGAUCCCGACUGUAUUAGGCAAAUUAUUGAAGAGGGGAUAGCAGUACCGGACAUCGAGAAUGAACUUAGAAAGCAGCAGCUACGAGAGCUUGCAUUACUUAAUGGUACUUUGAAGGAAGGAGAUGCCUUGAGCAAACUGAAGCAGAUAGCCGAAGCGCAGACCAUAGUGACCAACACGAUCGUUUGUGCCCUCUGCGGAGGGGCUGGCCACAUCACGCAGGACUGCAAACAGAAAAAUGGCAAUGUCGGUGAUGAGAGUUCUGCACCAGUGAGUAGUAGUAACAGUAACAGCAGUGAUGCUGCUACACCGUCCGUUAUGUCCCAGUUCUGCUCGUCUUCAACGUUCACAAACUACGGCAAUUUGGAUAACGAGUACUUGUCCCUGAUGGCAGAACUCAACCAGACCUCUUCAUCAUCAGACAGCAGCAGUAGCAAAAACAAGAAUAAUAAUAAUAAUCCUAUUGUUAAAAAUAUGAAUAAUAAUAUGAGUAAUAUUAAUAAUAAUAAUAACAUUCUUCCAAUGAAUCCAUUGGUACUACCCCCACCAAGAUUCCAUCCGGUUCCUCCGCCGUUUGACAGCCCCUCUAACAAUCUAGCCCCAGGCUGGCCGGCUCCUGUUUUACCCCUUCCGCAGGGCCCUCCUGUAAUCACACCACCGGCCCCCUUAGCCACGCCGCCUCAGCCCCCAUUCUACAGUUGGAUUACUAAAAAACUGCAGAACAAAGAAAACAAUGACGAGAAUAAUAAUAGUAGUAGUAAUAGCAGCAUGAAUCUCCCACCCUUGCCACCAUGGGGACCAGCUGGAUUUUGCCCACCUCCUCCUCCAUUUUUUCCGCCAUUUGUGCCGCCAUUUAUGGGCCCUCCAGUGCCUCCUUUCUGUGGGCCCAGCAUUGAUCCUAAUAACCCCGCCACCAACAAUAAUAUUAACAACAAUAGCAGCAGCAACAACAUUUGUGAUCCGAACAUGCCUCUGAUGAUGGCCCCACCCCAGAUGACGAAUGCACCACAACAUCAACAACACCAGCAACAUCAGCUGCAGCAGCAUCCAAGCAUCAACAACAACAACAUGCAGCAACAACUACAUCAUCGCCCUCCAAACGUGCAUCAUCAUCAACAACAGCAACCACAACAACACCAGCAGUUUCGCCAUCAGCAACUACAGCAACAACGACAUCAGUUUCACCAACAACAACAGCAACAACAACAGCAGCAGCAACAUCGCCAUCGUAAUCAACAACAGCAACAACAUCACGAUGAAGAAUAUUCAGAAUAUAAUGGCAAUUAUGAGCACGACAACGACUAUGAAGGUAACAAUUACGAAGAUGGUGACUACGCAAACGACUAUGAUAACAACGACAACGGCCACAACAAUGGAAACUAUGAUAAUAAUAAUUAUAAUAAUAAUAAUAAUAAUAAUAAUGGUGAUUACUACUACUCGCGUCAUCAUCAUCACCAGUCCAUCCCAUCAUCGCCGCCACUGCCUUCUUCACCGCCACCAUCGUCGUCGUCGUGGCAGCCACCUCCACCACCUUCCGACGACUACUACGACAUACCACCCCCUCCCUUGCCACCAUUUUGAUUUCUAUAGGGAUCCAAGAGAUGUUCAUCUCGUUCGCGAUGCUAUGAUUGUUUCAUCUUUGUUACAGAUUCCUUAGUUUGUAUACAAGUGUUUGCUCAGCUAUGUAUGUCUUUUAUAAAAUUGCAUAUAUUAUCUGUGUAUGUACGUUUGUAUGUAUGUAUGUUUGUAUGUAUGUAUCUUGAUACAUGUGAUUUUGAACAUGCUUUGAACACUCGAGUUUUAUUAGGAUGUUAGGAUGCAUGUUUUGAUCUGUUUUGCAUGUGCGAGCCAUCUCUUUAAAUUCAUGAAACUAUAACGACGAUGAUGUUCGCGAUUCUUAUCUCGACAGCAAUGGAGAUUGUUUGCUCUGUUGAUAUUGUUUGUGGCGAACUCUUAUCACCAGGUUUUUAAUGGCGGUGAAAGUUACGAUGGUGAUGGUCUGAACGACGGUGUUGACAUCAUUUGUUGUGGUGGUGAUGAAUUAAAUUAACCCACUGUUAAUUUUUUAUUGUUUUCAAGUCGAGUGAGUUAAUUGAUUGUUAAUUAAACCUCACGUACAACUUUACUGUUAGAAACUUUGCAAUUAUAUGUCUUUUGAAUACAGAAAUUUAUCUAAAAUUGUCGUUUAAAUUCUAUUUAAUUAAUGACUGAUGAUAGACAAGUUGUAACUUGUUUAGUUAAGGGUAUACACAUGUGUUAAACUUUGUGUGUGUGUAUUCUGAUUACAAGAUUGAAAUGAAUAUUUGCAAAUAUCUUUAUUCAAACACACCGACGUGUAGUUGAAACAUUUUUAAUUGAAAAUAAAUUG